AUGGAUUUCACGGAAAGAAAUUGGUGUCUUCAGGAAGACAUUAUUGUCACUGAAUUUUAUAAUACGCAUGGUUCUGCAUGGGUAUCUCUAUCCCGUUCUUUGAGGACUAAAACUGCUAAGCAGUGUUUUGGGAGAUGGAAUAGUGCAUUAAGUCCUCAAAUUAAUAUGACGCCAUUAACCCACAUCGAGCGGGAUAUGCUUAUAGAAUUACAUCGUACUCAUGGAUCUAGGUGGAUUAGAAUCGCAUCAAAGAUUCCUGGUCGCACCCCGAGAAUGAUAAAAUAUUCCUGGUAUCAAAUGAAAGAGGAAGAAGAAAACAUUCGCAACCAAAUGUCGAUACACCGUUUACUCAAUUGA